AGCAGCAGCGGCGGCGGCGGCGGCGGCGGCGUUUGAGUGGAGGAAGAUGGCGGCUCCGGGCGGCUCUGGGUCCCGCCAGCUGUAAGGAGCCCCAGGGCGGCAAGCGCCGCUUGAGGCGGAGCGCCUCUGCUCUGGCCCUGUCCCCGGCUCCCUCAUCGCCGUCGCCAGCGGAGCGAACCCGAGAGCGUGGCGCGGGCUGGGCCAGCUGUUUGAGUGGAAUGUCAUGGCCAGCUCCUCGGACAGUGAAGAUGACAGUUUCAUGGCUGUGGACCAAGAAGAAGCUAUGCUGGAAGGGACAAUGGAGCAGGAUGAGGAGCCCCACCCAGCGCUGGAAGCUGAGGAGACGAGACAUAACAGGUCCAUGUCUGAACUGCCAGAAGAGGUUUUGGAGUAUAUCCUCUCCUUUCUUUCACCAUACCAGGAGCAUAAAACUGCAGCCCUUGUCUGCAAACAGUGGUAUCGACUUAUCAAAGGUGUAGCCCACCAGUGUUAUCAUGGUUUCAUAAAGGCUGUCCAGGAAGGACACAUUCAGUGGGAGAGUCGGACGUACCCUUACCCUGGAACCCCGAUCACUCAGCGGUUCUCACACAGUGCAUGCUAUUACGAUGCUAAUCAGUCUAUGUAUGUGUUUGGAGGCUGUACCCAGAGCAGCUGCAAUGCUGCCUUCAAUGACCUCUGGAGACUUGACCUAAAUAGCAAAGAGUGGAUCCGACCUUUGGCUUCAGGGUCCUAUCCUUCCCCUAAAGCUGGAGCAACUCUGGUCGUGUACAAGGACCUGCUGGUGCUGUUUGGUGGCUGGACGCGGCCAAGCCCGUAUCCCCUACACCAACCAGAGAGAUUCUUUGAUGAAAUACACACUUACUCACCUUCUAAAAACUGGUGGAACUGCAUUGUGACAACCCAUGGGCCACCUCCAAUGGCUGGCCAUUCCUCCUGUGUGAUAGAUGAUAAAAUGAUUGUCUUCGGUGGCUCCUUAGGAUCCCGGCAAAUGAGCAAUGAUGUCUGGGUCCUUGACCUCGAGCAGUGGGCGUGGUCCAAGCCGAACAUCUCCGGCCCCAGUCCUCAUCCUCGAGGUGGCCAAUCUCAGAUUGUCAUAGAUGAUGCAACUAUCUUAAUCCUUGGAGGGUGUGGCGGUCCCAAUGCUCUCUUCAAGGAUGCUUGGUUAUUGCACAUGCACUCGGGCCCCUGGGCCUGGCAGCCACUCAAGGUAGAAAAUGAAGACCAUGGGGCCCCAGAACUGUGGUGCCACCCAGCUUGUCGGGUGGGGCAGUGUGUGGUGGUCUUCAGCCAGGCUCCCAGUGGGAGAGCCCCACUCAGCCCCAGUUUGAACUCCCGCCCAUCACCUAUCAGUGCCACUCCUCCAGCCCUGGUUCCUGAAACCCGAGAGUACCGCUCUCAGUCUCCAGUAAGGAGUAUGGAUGAAGCCCCUUGUGUUAACGGCCGCUGGGGAACACUGAGGCCCAGAGCUCAAAGGCAGACCCCCUCAAGUUCCCGGGAAGGGAGCCUUUCCCCAGCCAGAGGAGAUGGCUCUCCCAUCCUCAACGGUGGGAAUUUGUCUCCAGGAACAGCAGCUCUAGGUGGCUCUUCCUUGGACAGCCCUGUGCAGGCUGUAUCUCCUAGCACUCCAUCUACCACUGAAGGAUAUGACCUCAAAAUGGGACUUUCUUUGGCCCCCCGACGAGGGUCACUACCGGAUCAGAAAGAUCUGAGGUUAGGAUCAAUAGAUCUGAAUUGGGAUCUGAAACCCGCAUCGAGUAGCAAUCAUAUGGAUGGUAUGGACAACAGGACAGUUGGGGGAAGCAUGAGACACCCUCCUGAACAGACAAAUGGUGUGCACACCCCGCCACACGUGGCCAGUGCCCUUGCAGGAGCUGUCUCCCCAGGUGCCCUGCGUCGGAGCCUAGAAGCCAUCAAAGCAAUGUCAUCCAAAGGCCCCUCAGCCUCUGCAGCACUAAGUCCUCCUCUGGGGUCUUCUCCAGGCUCUCCCGGGAGCCAGAACCUGAGCAGUGGAGAAACAGUGCCCAUUCCCCGCCCAGGGCCUGCCCAAGGAGAUGGACAUUCCUUACCUCCCAUUGCCCGCCGCCUGGGCCACCACCCUCCUCAGUCCCUAAAUGUUGGCAAACCUUUGUACCAGAGUAUGAACUGCAAGCCCAUGCAGAUGUACGUGCUAGACAUUAAGGACACCAAGGAGAAGGGGCGGGUCAAAUGGAAAGUAUUUAACAGCAGUUCUGUGGUCGGACCUCCUGAAACCAGCCUGCAUACAGUGGUCCAAGGCAGGGGUGAACUCAUCAUAUUUGGAGGACUCAUGGACAAGAAACAGAAUGUGAAGUACUAUCCAAAAACAAACGCCUUGUACUUUGUGCGAGCAAAGAGAUAAUGUGUUCUAAACCCCUUUCCCUUUCUGUGGCUUUUAAUUUUCCAGCGUGCAAGCAUUUGGACUGAGAAUUGGGAAAACAAAGGACAGAAUUACUCCCAUAAACCAAAACCCCAAUUCCCAACCUCACUCACUCCAGGCUGGGAUCAAAUCUCCAUUAAGAAAAAAAUUAUCUAUAAAUAUAUAAAUAUAUAUUCUAUAGCCGGCUCUGUUUACAGAGAGGGAGCGGUCUCCGUCCUGGUUCAGGUAAAUUUGUUGCUGUGUUUUAGCAGAGGCUGUGCUGCCUUUUUCUCCUUUGCUGGUAACUAGACCAAGAAUUUAGGGAACAGACUAAUGUCAGAACUUACCUAAAGCGACUGAAGAACCCCCGUAAAUCUUUAUGUGGCCUUCUUGGAGUUAGAGAAAGAGCAUGUGUAAGGUGCGCAUGUGGGGCUUCCCGACCCACGAGCUCCAGGAGCUGGCAGGGUGAAAGGAGCCUGUAGAGAACUCCUCCUCUCUUCCUUUUAAAACCACACAGGACCGGUGCAGACUUCUCUUUGAGGUCAUGCCGUCUGCCCUUGGGACUGAGGAAAGUUACCCAACCAGGAAUUCUGUUCCACGUGUGUGUGCCAGGAUCACCGUGAGGCCGCGUUUACACAGAGACGCCUGUCCACCUAGUGUCUGCUGGUCUUUAGCGUGCUCCCUCCGUGUCUCAGAAAACAUAUUGGUGUCUGAUUUUGGAAUUUUCUGACAAUCGUAUUUGAUUGCAAGUUGCCAAAAACCACAUUUGUUCCCUUAAAACUUGAUCCUCAGAAGCUGCCUUUUCCUUUUUUUUUUUUUUUUGGCAUAUGUGGAUUUUUUUUUUUUUUUAAGUCCUAAAAGCUUUCUCACUUUCUGUUUCUUUUACAAAGCUAAGGUGCCUAGGGAAAUCUCCUAGAGAUAUUUUUGGAACCCUUUCUCUGGUAUCACUUAGGGGCCUGGUAGGGAAUUCCAAGAUGUCAGUAUCAUGAGAAAUCCUUAAAGCAUCAAAAAAUACUGUUUUUUCCCUUUGGGCUUCUUUUUACUUCCAAAGCACGUUGGGCACACCCAUCCAUAUUUAUAUACUGUGGAAAGUGAUCCUGAAAGGGAAUCCCAGUAAUACUUCCUUCUAGAAGUGAUUUCUGCCCUUGUUGUGACAUGCAUUUUUCUGCCUGGCUGUUGACUGCUGAUUGGGUUGAGUGUCGGGUGCUUAGCUCUUUGAUGCAAGGCUGACCUCGGGAGUGGCCCCUCCUUUGUGACUGUCUCUUUCACAUGUGACCCAAAUAAGGGUUGGGUUUUUAUGUCACGCCAUUUCUGAGAUAAAGUGCAACGAACUAGAGCAUUUCUUUGGUUGUAUAGGAAGUUACAAAUUACCAGUCUCUAACCCAUGGCCUGAGCCUAGAAGAUGUUAGAGUAAGUCAAAUGGCACCACUUUAAUUUUUGGUAAUUUCUCAUCCGUGGAAAGAUUUUUACUUUAGGAUUUGAAUUUUAAAACAUUGCAUUUCCCAUCUUUCACACUGCUGUUUUUCUUAUUGGCAUUUCCCAAGCACAAGCCUGCCUACAGCUGGCCUUGGGUCCUGGCUUCCGGCCAACACUUAGCAGUCUGUCUGAUAAGUGUGUUUUCUCCUAUUACAUCAUGUUGAAUUCUUUCCCCUAGCCAUUAGCUUUUACAAUGUGGUCUUGGUGGGAAAGCCCCCCUGGUGCCAAGCCCAGGAAAGGGCCAGAUCACAGGGAGAGGUCUGUGUUCCAGAAACUGUUCCCUUAGAUGACGAAACUACCAUGUGCCUAUUUACUAUGGUGUCCACCUACUCCUAGCUCAGCACUUAGCUUGCUAGACACCUUGCUCCUGGGCUGUUGCUGGUCCUUCUUCGGCAAAGACUGUUAGAUCAUGUGGGGUCCUUACUCACAAGAGAAAGCUUAGCCUGUAAAAUUAGGUAUUACAUUAUUGCUAUUGCUGAACCUUGUUUCUGACAUUGCAUCUGUGCAUGGACAGCAUCCCCAAACUCAGUUCCUAUUUAAAUAUAAAAUAUUUGGAAGCCUGAGAGUUCAGAAUCUCAACUUUGUGACCAUUCCCUUUGUCCUGUGUCCUCCUUCAGCCAGCUGUUGGCUUGUGGAUUCCCUCUGUUUGCCCCAGACGGGCAGGCAGUGGAGGCGAUGAUGAUGCCCUUGGGAAGUAACUGGCUCCUUGGAACUCCGUGGCACCCAGUAUUACCGAGACUGCUUGGAACCAGACUGGGUUUACAGCUCCUUAGGAAAAAUCUGCCUCCUCUGCACCUGGUGGUUUUGGUCUUGGUGGCUCCUGGGUGCUGUGGGCAGAUACCUUAGGAGAACGACUCCACACAGUCAAGGUGGUCGUGUCCUCAGACCCUUGUGAAGCCAUGCGUGCAGGGGAACUUCGGGUGUCCCACGUGCGGAGAGCGUCCGCCAGCACCCUGGAUGCUUCAGUGAGGGCACGUUUAACUACAGCUCUGGUUUGGACAGGAUACCAAUUUUGUCUUAACAAUUCACUGAGAAAAAUGAGACAAAAAUUUCUUUGGCCUUCAGGAGCACCUAAAUUAGCAAAUAUUUGUCAGUAUUGAAGUAUUUAAAAUAAAUUUUGUUUCUACUUGAAGCUUUAACCCCUUCCAUUCCUGCAAGUGUGCCUUUGAGAGCCCCACUGUCACAUGGACCUCCCCGGCCACCUUGGGGACCUCCUGUGAGAGUCCUCCUGCUUCCUUCCCUCUUGGACAGAGCUUCUGUUUUCUCACCUUGCAGGCUGGGCAGCAGAGAGGGUUCUGUAUUUCCGUUCACAUUUCUACUCUUCUAAACAUGGGUGGUGCGCUGCACAAACACCCCUUCACCCCCCCCCCACACACACACAGUUCUGUAUUUUAGGAGCACAAAUUAGGUGUCGAAACAAGCUUAAAUUUAGUUGUAAGGGUAAUAUUGGCCUUCCUCUCCUCCCAGCCCUCUGUGGAUUGAUCUGAUUUUAAUGUUUGAGUUUUAUAUCAAGAGCUAAAACCACGAACUAUCCCAGGAACUGUGUUGGAACUCUCUAAAAUGAAGAAGAGGACAACAAAAGAAAACCAACUUGAGAAGUCUUGACUUGGAAAACAGAAAGCCACCAGCUGAUGGAGAACAGAAGGAUACUACUUUUCCUCUAUCUUUCUGGGUUUCCUUCUGCUUUGCUUCUUUGCUUCCCCUUAAAAGUGAUGUUCCUGUGGGUUUGUCUGUCCUUGUCCUUGUGGUGAUCCUGGCAUGGUGAUGUGCUCUGCUUUGCGUUGUCUGUGCUUUCUUACCAGCACACAAGUCAGUGGGGAGGAUCUGAACACACCCAGGGGCAAGGAAGCCGAACUUUGAGGCCUGCGUCCCGGGCAGCCUCCCCAUGAACUGCAGAAGGCAUGUUCUGCAUGGUCACCAGUAAGUGGCUCCCUCUCACUGUUCAUUGUCAUAUGAGAGCAACCCUUAGGCCUUGGCUCCACCCUUGCUCUCUUUCCUCGCUCUGCUCCCUUCCCACCAACCAGGGUUCAUGUCAGUGCACACCCGUCGUGCCCUGGCGAAGCUGGUGCUGUGAGUGAUGUUUCCCAUACAACUCAGGGGUCCCCGAUGGCUUACCCUGAGAUGGUCAUUUUAGGCACGUAACAGUGUAGGAAUGAAAAGUGGACUUCAUUGAUAUUUAAAUCUGUCAGUUUCAUUUUUUGUUAAGGUUUUCCCCAAUGACUUUUUAGCAAUAUAACAAAUAAAACAAAAUGGA